UUCAGGGUCACUGGUGCUGGCUCACUCCCCUCUCCUGGUGGCCUGCAGUCUGGGCACCGGGCCAUUUCUCACCCUCUGGCCAGGGUUAAACAUUAAUGGGAGAUUAUUGCCCGGUCCAGGGAGGGAGAAAGUGGAACUAAACUUUCACCGGCUCCUCUGCUGGGGCCACCAAUUCCACCCGAGCCCAAAGAAUGCCUGUGGAGGAGUUUGUAGCUGGCUGGAUCUCUGGUGAGAGUCUUUCCUCUUCUGUCACAUCACCUCCCGAGGAGCUCUGGGCUUGGUCCUGGGACAUCCCUUCGACACCGUAAAGGUGCGGCUGCAGACCCAGACCAUGUACCACGGCAUCAUCGACUGCAUGGUCAAGAUCUACCGCCAUGAGUCGCUCCUGGGCUUCUUCAAGGGAAUGAGCUUCCCCAUCGCGAGCAUCGCUGUGGUCAACUCUGUGCUGUUCGGGGUCUACAGCAACACCCUGCUGAUGCUCACAGCCACCUCCCACCAGGACCGGAGGGCCCAGCCCCCGAGCUACGUACACAUCUUCAUGGCGGGCUGCACUGGGGGCUUCCUGCAGGCCUGCUGCCUGGCCCCUUUCGACCUCAUCAAAGUUCGACUACAAAACCAGACAGAGCCGAGGGCCAAGCCGGGGAGCCCGCCACCCAGGUACCGGGGGCCUGUGCACUGUGCGGCCUCCAUCUUCCGGGAGGAGGGGCCCCGGGGGCUAUUCCGGGGAGCCUGGGCCCUGAUGCUCAGGGACACCCCCACACUGGGGAUCUAUUUCAUCACCUAUGAAGGACUCUGUCGCCAGUGCACACCAGGUGGCCAGACUCCCAGCUCAGCCACAGUGCUGGUGGCAGGGGGCUUCGCGGGCAUCGCCUCUUGGGCCACAGCCACGCCCUUGGAUGUGGUCAAGUCACGGAUGCAGAUGGACGGACUGAGGCGGCGGGCGUACCAGGGCAUGCUGGACUGCAUAGUUAGCAGCGUCCGGCAGGAAGGACCCGGGGUCUUGUUCCGAGGGCUCACCAUCAACAGCGCCCGUGCCUUUCCCGUCAAUGCUGUCACCUUCCUCAGUUACGAAUAUCUUCUCCGCUUCUGGGGAUGAGCCUGGCCAGGCAAUGCCAGCUCCCCCGCUGGACCGCCACCUACCUCCAAGACUGGGGGCCAAGGUGAAAGCUGCCAGCUUGCAAGCCAAAUGCAAGAGGCUUAGCCCUUACUGGCCAAAGCACCACCCACCCCCAGACCAGGCCUGGGGAGAUGCCAGUGAGAGCAGGAAGCCAGUGGUCCCAGGCUCGGCCCAGAAUCCAAGGCUGAGCUUGGCCUCCCAGUCCAACUUGCCUGGACUCCUAUGACCCCUGUGAAGCAGGGGCUUCAAGGCAAAAUGAACGAGCCAGUGGUGCUGGUGCCCAUCCAGCACCAAGCUGCAGUGUCACCUCUGAAGUGGUCUGGGAGACUUGGCUAGGGGCCUUGGCAUGGCCCUUUGCCCUGGACUCCAGUAGCAGCACACUGGGCGACCUACCACCGCUCCACCCUGUCUCCUCCCUCCAGAGUCCUUCGGAGGAGUCUCCCGUCACCUUCAGGAAAAGCCCACUCCCCCAACCCUCCCUCCCCGCUAGGCUUUCCUCUCCUUGUCGCUUCAUGGACCCUGAACAGCUAUGCUCUCUCCUUGCCCUUAGUCUGGAAGGCAGGACCAGCCAGGGCGACUCCAUCAUCCCAUUGAUUGUCCCCAUGUUCUUCCAAGACCAGGCUGAGCACGGUCUCCCAGAGUCCUUCCUUGUUCACUUCCCCCUGCCCCAGGCUGAUCUGGGGGUUCCGAGACACCCCGCCCAGCCUGCGAACUGCGUUAUAGCCCUUGCCUGCGCAUCUUCACAGUUGUUCAUCUGUGUCUUGGCUUCCCGGGUAGACCAUGAGCGCCUUGGGGUCAGGGUUUAUACUUCUGGUUGUUCCCCAGCACAAAACCCAAUGCUUGAACACUAAUCAUUCAACGAAUUAUUAAAUCGAGUGUCGGCUGCACCCCAGGCGUCUACUCCCCCACUCCAGCCCCACACCUGCUUCUGUUUCGGGUGCCAAAGGAGUCACCAAAGGUUGGGGUGUCUGCCUUGUCCUCUUCCACCCGAAGUCACUCAUUUUCUUUAUCCACCUCAACUGCUAAGUGGGAAUUAAAAACUGACCAAGAGGGUCCUUUUUAUUGACAAUAAAGCUAAGCAUCGUUUAUG